UGAAGUGUAGCAAAAUGCACAUUGCCCAGUAUCGCAACGUAAAAUCUGAGGUAUAUAAAAUCGGCUUUCUUUCUGAACUUUACUAAAAUGUAUUAGGUACUCCGGCGACCGGCGGUAUAUUAUUUUCUGGAACCAAUGAUCGUCUUCUACAUCCUGCUGUAUUUAAAGCAAAGUGAUUGCAUUUAAACACUGGAAAGUCGGGAUGGAGAACUUAUUACCUUGGCGAGUUCUCAAAGAGCCACUUAUUACAGGUGCUUAUAAUAGUUUUGCUGUUGAUAUUCUUGAGUCGGAUGCGACCUAUCGUGGCUACAUCUGUGGCAUGGAAAACGGUCAGCGUCUGUGUAUGGUGCGAGUUGGCUCGAUGCAGCAAUUACAGGUGGUAUCCAUAGAACAACUACGUUUAGUGGACGGAAGUUUAGUCUUUCAUCCAGAAACUUUUACGGAAGAGAUUGAUGUCCUUGUCACUGUACAACAAAAUCGACCCGAAUCUUGGCAAGCAGGACGCAUUGUCGGCGGCGUUGAGGGGGACGGUUAUUUGCUAGCAAACGUAGAAGUUAAUCUAUCCGAUGACUCUGUGCAGCGCUAUCUGGUGUUGGAUGGUCCUGGUGCCGCCUUUCGGCGUAUCCGUCGCCGCGGGCAUCUCGGACCGCCUGUAACAAAACUGUCAUUUCGUCAUGCCACAAUCCCAGUGGACAGCCUCCGCUUGCGUUCUGCAGGUCUUACUGCCACGUUGACCACCAUACAAUGGAUACCUCAAUUUCGUAGUCUGUUUUUGAUGCAAACCGGGGAAAUAAUGUUCUUGGGUGUCGAGAAUGAUCGGGUCGCUGUACUGGUUGCGGAGAACACUGAAACCGACGUAACGAAUGACGAAAUUGCUACCAGCGUUUUGCGCGCCAUUUAUUGGUAUUCGAAAAAAUCGGUGCUAGCGGCAGAAUUUACAGCGCGCUCGAUUGUAGAAGAAAUUCUCUGCAUCACUGUAGCCCAACAAGCCUUGGAUGAUCCCUCUGAAAAUCGUUUCCUUGGUCUAUACAAGGAACUACAUGUGUCGGUAUUUGCAUAUUUGAAUGUGUACGAUCAACACCGGCUGCGCAGAACAUGCCGCUGGUUUCAGCAUCUGCUAUUUGAGCCUACUGUGCGGCAGUGUGUAAUACUGCCGUGGCAAAGUAAACAUGCCGCUAAGCCUGCGGGUUUGUGCAUAGCCUGCCCAAAUAAUUUUCAGCUGGCUCAGAUUAUUGGAAAUUGUGUCACCUGUGAGGCAAAAGUGUUGUAUAUUACUGGCAACUGGGAGAAAAGCUUGAGCCCACUGACUGCUAUCCUAAAGGUCAUGCACGUUAAACUCGACUGGCUUGUCAUUGUUGACGAUUUUGUGCUUUCGUUUAACGAAUUUUUGAUAUUUCCGAAGCCGCUUCCCAUGCUACACAUCGAAGAUUUUAUUGUUAUUAGACGUAACAAUUUCUCCGCAUCAGAUUACCCGGACUACGAUACCAUUUGUCACCACAUUAUGUUGAAGAACUGCUACUUCAGUAGCGAGCUCGCUAUAUGUUUUGCGGGAGUUUUGUCAAUAGAAGACGGUGAAUCAGGCUUUUUCUGUCCUUGCGAACGACUGGACCUUAAAUGUUGUCAUGAUCCCUUUGCUAUCCGCAUUUUACGAUGGCAGCAUCACUUUACUAAAUCGUCUACUUCCGCAUUCGAACCAGCUUUCCAGUCGGCGCUCGAGGAAUGUUGUCCUAUUUUGGAGAAAAACGAAAUCGAAUCUUUUGUGAACUGGCUGGAUUCAUUAACAAAUGAAGAUAUGGAGGUCGAGAAAUGUAUUUGGCCAUUUAUUCUGCUCUCAUAUCAACUGUGGAACGAAGAGCCCCCGACAUGUCUGGAGGACGUCAAAAGAGACGCCUUUAACGUAUUUGCCCAAAAACGUUUGAUGAUGCAGACACUGACAUUGCUAGUGCCGGCCGCGAAUGUUUGUCGAAUCUGACGGUGUUGUUGCCAAGUGCUACCUAUUGGCUCGAGUGAAAUUAUGAGUGAACUAGUGGACCCCGCGCAAAUUGCGCGGAGUAAAUUAGCGGCUGAUACCGAAGUACGAACUAUGGAGACCUACUCGUACAACACAUACUGUACUCAUAUUUUUCGUUAAUAGUACUAUGAACGUAUUCAGCAGUGGUCGCAUGUUUUAGAACAUUUGAAAAUAAAUUAAAAAUAACUCGACUACUCCGUUCACCACUUUUCGUUGCCUUGCAAUCGUACUCGUAUUUCUCUGCACCAAAAAACUUUGAAACUUUCGGUGCUCGUACUGCUUUUCCCUCCGUUCAUUACUGCCUGGCCCAACUGUCCAAGUCAAAAUUUCCUUCGCUUGAUAUUUGGAUUUGCUUUCACCACCCUCGCUUGUUUUCAAAAUAUUUCUGUACUGUACAUUCAUUUUCAUUUUUCAAGUUAUUUCUAAAGUAUUUAUUUCGUAAAUGUCUCAAACAUGCUGCUACUUACUUGAGUUACUUCAAACGGUCGUGAACCAAACGAAAGGUUUUGAAGUUUUUGACGAAG